ACAUUUCGCCGACUUGGGGCUCAAGCGUACUCUUUUUUUUUUUAUUCCUCCUCCCUGUUUGUUUCUCGAGAAAAAAUUUUCCUGCGGAAAAGCCACCAGGAAUUUUUUUUUGAAGAAAACAAUAUGCCAAAUCGAUUUCCAGAAUGUUGACGAGGGCGCUUCGACAGUUGAAACCCAGGUUUACUCUGGGCGAUCCUCUCCUUUUCCGAUCGUUCCCGUCAUCGGCGGUGUUUUUUUCCGGCACGACGGCUGAUGUGUCGGAGAUUCCUGUUGAUGGUGAUGUGGGUUUCUCGGCCACGACUGGGUCGCCGACUAUGGCGGAGACGUUGCCCAACGUCCUUCAGCCUCGUGUCGUCAUCUACGACGGAGUCUGCCCUCUCUGUCAUGGAGGUGUGAAGUGGGUGAUUAAAGCAGAUAAAUACAGAAAGAUCAAGUUCUGUUGCCUUCAGUCAAUAGCUGCGGAGCCCUAUCUGAGUUUCAGUGGUCUCACCCGGGAGGAUGUCGCAAAGAGAUUUCUUUUCGUUGAAGGUCUCGGGUUAUACCAUCAGGCAUCCACCGCUGCAUUGCGAGUAGUAUCAUACUUGCCACUGCCAUAUUCCGCUGUGAGCAGCCUCGUGGUGGUUCCGAGGCCUCUGAGGGACGCAGUUUAUGACUAUGUGGCGAGACGUCGUUACAAAUGGUUCGGAAAAGCUGAGGAUUGCUUGGUCCUGAAAGAUAAACAUCUCCUUGACCGGUUUAUUGACAGAGACGAGCUCAAGCUUCGAAUGUGAUCAUUAACAAAAGCUUGAGACUUUUUUUUUUGUCAAGAGAUUAUAUAACCAACCACAUUGUCAAGUUCGUUGGAGACGAAAGGGGAAUCAAUGAUUUGGAGCAGAAAUCAUGGAUGAAUAAGUAAUUAUCUUUCUUUUUUUCA